AUGUUCAACCGGAUCGGAUGCUUUGUGUCGUUAAUACUCCUCCUUUCCCUUGACUCCAGGGAUUGUACAGCUAGUGCACAAUAUGAAACGGCAAACAAAAUAUCACUCAACAGUGUUCAAGCUUGGGCAGUUAAACUUGGCACAGAGCUUUAUCACUUCGGUGAAUUCAUCACUAGGAAAAAGGAGGUCCAAGACAGUUUUAAAUCGGCACAAAUUGAAUCAAGAGAUGGGGAAAAGUUAGUGCAAAGUAUGGCGGACGAUAUCCGCGCUAUGAUGGAACUUAAGAUCAGCGCUGUGAAAAGAAUAGUUGAAGCAGCCGAGAACAUGGCUUUCGACAAGCAAAACGACCCGGUGCCUGAAGACUUUCAGUUUUACAACAGCAAAGAAAUGGAGGAACCUUACGAUGAAACAUCCAUAACAACAACACCCGAACCAGACUUUAACCUUGAAAACUGGAUAAUAAGACCACCAAGUAAAAGUGCUCACAUGCAACAGAAUCCGCACUUUUCAAAUAUCCCUGUAAACGUUAACUUUAGUAGCGUGCAUGUUCCUACUAACGUGUAUGCUUGGGCACCCGACGUCAUUAAAGGCAUACACUGGUCAGAAGGACUUGACACACACUUUAUUAAUAAUUACCAAAGUGAUCCAACACUUUCGUGGCAAUAUUUCGGCAGUUCAUCUGGAUUUAUGAGACAUUAUCCUGCAAUGAAAUGGAGGGCGGAUCCAGUUGACAUUUAUGAUUGUCGUACACGGGCCUGGUAUAUGGAAGCGGCAGCCAGCCCAAAAGACGUGAUUGUUUUAGUCGAUCGCAGUGGAUCUAUGACUGGUCAGCGUCGUGAUAUCGCGAAACAUGUGGUCACUAACAUUCUUGACACCCUUGGCAAUAACGAUUUUGUUAACGUGAUGACAUUUGCCGAUACUGUCGAGGAAAUAGUUCCUUGUUUCGAUGACUCUUUAGUGCAAGCAACGUUAGGAAAUAUACGAGAAUUAAAAUUGGCAUUAGACAAUUUUGAAACUAUGGAAAUCGCAAACUUUUCUGCUGCAUUAACCAGGGCUUUUUCAUUAUUAGAAAUCUAUAGAAACAAUAGCGGUGGCGCCAAUUGUAACCAGGCAAUAAUGCUCGUCACUGAUGGAGUACCAUACAACUACAAAGAGAUCUUCGAAGAAUAUAACUGGAAGUAUGACACUCCCGUCAGAGUGUUUACGUACCUGAUAGGUCGCGAGGUAAAGGUGGCUGAUGUGAGAGAGGUGAAGUGGAUGGCUUGUGCAAAUAGAGGAUUCUACGUUCAUCUCAGUACGCUAGCAGAAGUAAGAGAGCGCGUGUUGGAGCACGUCAAUGUUUUGGCACGCCCCCUGGUGCUGCAGAGAGAAAAGCACCCUGUGGUUUGGACUCCCGUCUAUGCUAACAUAACUGAUCCGAAAGUAGCGGAUUAUUUAUGGGAACAGCGGGAGAGAGCUGAGCAGAAGGAACGCUUCUUAAGUCAAAAAAGGGACAAGGCUCUUUUCAAUUCUGAAAAAGAACAAGAUCGUAGAUGGAGGAUUACACAGAUGAAGCAGGGUCAGUAUAGCGAACUAGGAAAUUCUCAGUAUCAGCUGAUGACUUCAGUAUCUAUGCCCGUUUACGACUUACGCCAUAACGAGAACAUCACAGAGAAUGUACUGAUAAAUGAAGCUUACUGGGUAUCGGUUACAAGAGAGAUGCGUAUUGCAAAACUAUUGGGUGUAGCUGGAACAGAUGUACCUCUUUCUGAGAUACAAGCCUUGAUGACCCCUUACAAGAUUGGCGUUAACGGAUAUGCAUUCAUUGUAACAAACAAUGGAUACGUACUUAUUCAUCCAGAUUUGAGGCCUGUGUUUCAGCAGAUAUUGAAACCGAGUUACAACAGCGUAGAUAUGUUAGAAAUUGAACUCUUUGACGAUGAUCGUGGUCCGCGAAACUUCAGCCGAGAAUUGACAGCGCUAAGAAAAGAAAUAAUUGAUCAAAAAACUGGCAACAAGGCAAUGAAUGUCAAAUAUCAUUUAGAUGACAUGAAGCGAGUAUCCCGCGCCCGAAAACAUUUAUAUUGGACAGGUAUUAGCGAUUCGCCUUUUACAUUGGUGGUGACAAUCCCAGAGGGCUAUGGACGGCACCGUGUCACACCGCCACCUACCGAUGACAUACAUCGACUUUCGCUCACAUCUAAAAAUAUAUCGGCGAAACAGUACCUGUCGGAUAAAUGGAGCGUGCACCCCGAUUGGUUGUAUUGUCGACACUACGAGCGCACAUUUUCGACGCCUGAAGAAGAACUGCUCUAUUUCUUAGAGCGAGUAGCAAAACCGGGUUGGCGCUGGCCGGCGAAACCUCGCCCACCAGAACAUCAUAAGAACAAGCCUGGCCAUGAAAAGCAUACUAAUGGAACUCCUGAUGCCAAGGAACGCAACAAGGUAUCGAACACAACUCCUCGGGUUGAAUACUACUGCGAUCACGGACUAAUGCAGGCACUAGUAUACGAUGCUAGAAAUACCGCCUGGUUUAACAAAAGCAUCUCGGAGUCAGCGUCCGAAGAAAAGGCCCCAUUGACAAAAGUGAUUGGAUUAUUACCGAGGGCGGAAUUCAUUCAGCGCUUCGGAUACAUCGUGGCCUUCCUUGCAACCCAUAGUGGACUCACACGUUGGCAAACACACCCACCUAAGGAACAUGAACCGGAUAAGCCGGAAUUCGGGAAACAAUGGCCGCGCGCGAUCGACGAGGUGUGGUACCGGCGCGCAGUGGAGCAGCACUACGUGGAGCCGCUCAGCUACGUGUACAGCGUGGAACUCAGCACGGCACGCGCGCCGCUGAACGUUAGCGCGGCGAUGGUGACGGCCGCGCACGCUGUGUUCCACGGCGACGGCCACAAGAAGGCGCCCGCCGCCGUCGUCGGCUUCCAGUUCAAGCACGAGCGGCUGAGCGAGUGGUUCGAGAACAUCACCUCUUCGUGCGAACAUAACAAGGAGUGCGUCACCUGCUUAUCCGAUAACUGGGACUGCUAUUUAGUGGACAGCAACGGAUGGAUCAUCGUCAGUGAAGACCCCUCACAAACCGGACAUUUCUUUGGAAAAAUACGACCGGACAUUAUGAUGCAGUUGGUGGACGACGAAGUGUAUAAGACCGUUCACGUAGUCGACUACCAAGCGGUUUGCUUCCGCGAGAAGAAAACGACUAAUCCGGCGUCUGUAUUAUUAACGCCUUUGGAAAACCUGCGCCUAAUAAUGGCAUGGUUCAUAGCGACUACAGUUUGGACGUACAAUUCAAUUGCCGCAAGUUUGGCGCAGGCGUCAAGUUAUUCUUUCGACGACGUGGCGUAUCAGAACUACGAGAACGACGAAGAAACCGACGAUCCCUACAUGUCGAAGCAACCUUCAAGGAUUCUAGAGAGAGACUUCGAGAAACUCGUACUCAUAAACCGGACAAGGCCAACGCCUUGCGACCGAGAAAUGUUCCUUUACCAAUUAGAAUAUAAGAAUCUAGAUGAGAAACUAAAUAAGCCAAUAAAGGACUGCGAAAGGCCAUUUUACGCCCAGCUGGUGAACUACACGAACAUGAUUUUACUAGUUGUUGACGCUAUGUGCCCGAGAGUCGAGGCGUCUAUUUUGCAGAUCGAUCCCGCAGAGGUCCAGUAUAAUGAAUCAUUACCGUGUUUGAAACACAAACAUCCGUUAUACAGGAGACAACCAACGUCUUGCAUAAGAAACCAUACUGAAGAAAGCAACAUCGAUAUGUGCGGACGCGGCAGCCUUCCUCGCAAUAACAUGAUGUGGAUACCAUUAAUUAUUCUAAUUUGGCAUUAUUACUUGUCAUGA